AUGCUCUUCGCCCUGGACGAUCUGGACAGAUGCGACAUCGCUACACUAUUGCAUCAUCUGCUCCCCCGCCUCGACAGUCUUGAAAAGGCCUGCCAAACGCUUCUGGAAAGGACUGCUCCGAAGUCUAGCUGCCUAUUUUGCACUGUGUACGAGAAUCGUGACAAUCACCAUUCCGGGAGAUGUCCACGGUUCCCGGAUCCAAGCUCCAAAACAGCACAGGCGACAAAGCUGAACCUGUGCCUCCUCUGCCUAAAAGCGGCACACGAGGACACAUGUGGAGUGAAGUGUGGAAGUGUGGCCUUGGCCACAAUUUUCUGCUUUGCUCCUCCAAAAGACCGCAGCCACCCACGAAGCGGCCAUACAAGAAGUAAGCACUCUCGCCAACCUCGUCAACGCCGUCAUCGUCAUCAACAAGCCACAAGCCGUCAUCAAUGCACCUGCACCAAGCCGAAUUCUCAAGACACCAUCAGCAAUCCACUAACCCAACGUCAGCCCGCCACUCCACAAAACUCCGCAACAGUCCAGCCGUACGAAGAAAACCAUUUGUUGAAGUUGAAUUUGUUUCGUAAAUUAUUACUUUGUGCUCACGGCAGUAUCAUCGACCCCGAUGAUGUAUAA